GUGGCCCGGGCAGCCAGCCCUGUAGAUGGUGCUGCUCGCCGGGCCGGGCCGGUCCCUCCCUCCCGGGCGGAGGAAGCAGGAAGAGCCGGGCAGGGCGCGCCGGGGCCGGGGGCGCGGUCUAGGGGCUCUGUCCGGCCAUGGUGAACCUGGGGCUGUCCCGGGUGGACGACACCGUGGCUGCGAAACACCCGGGGCUGCAGGAAUACGCUGUGUGCCAGUCCCAUGCGUUCAUGAAGGGCAUCGGGACCUUUAUCACAGGCAUCGGUGCAGCUUUCGUUCUUCAGAAGCUGUUAAACAAGAAGCUGCCCUACCCCCUGCAGUGGAACGUGCUGCUGUCUGUAGUUGCAGGUUCAGCCGCCAGCUACGCAGUGACCAGGGUAGAGACCCAGAAGUGUUCCAGCCUCUGGAUCUACCUGGAGACAGGACAGUCCCCACAGGGAGUAGCCAAAGAGAAUCUCCACAGUCCAGAUCUCACAGAGAAUGCAGAAACGAGGGUGAGAAGAAACAAAUAUGGAGACGACAUGGAAUAAUGGGGGGAGCCUGGAGCUCCGUCCUGACUCCUUUACCACAUGUACCGCGUGUGACCGGGGCUAGAGCCACAUUGCGCACCUGGGGAGCGAGGAAUGUCCCCUCCACUGCCCGUUCAUGAGGCUUGGGGAAGUGCAGGGAAGGAUUUAGGGUGGGGUGUGCAGAGCCCCCGACAGACUUUGUGUGAGCAGCAAAGGUUGGAAAAGUAAUAAAAAUAUAUAGCUAAAAAUGGA